AUGCCUAACUGGUCGAAAAUGUUAAACGUAUCCCAGUAUCUCCGCACCUUGAACUCUGACGUCACUGAGAUCAUUCUUGACGGUCGUGACAUACAAAACGACUCAUGGACUGAACUUUCCCGCUUUCGCGACUUGGAGAAGCUAAGCGCUAUCGAUUGUGGUAUACGUGACUUGGCUGGUUUUCCUGUACUACCGAAGCUGCGUGUCCUCACCCUCCAUGACAAUGCAAUUGACGAGCUGACACCUAUCCAGCAAGCAUGCCCACAGUUGCAACGUUUGGGAAUCGCCAACAACUUUCUGUUCUACAUUUCCCAACUGGAACCACUGCGCCUUCUGCCUAACCUGAAAUCGCUGGAUCUCGAAGACAAUGACGUUUGCGCUCUGGUGCAAUUCGAUAUGUUUAUGGAGCGCUGCUUUCCCAAUGUCAAGAAGAGUUUUGUGGAUUUUUACGAUUCCGACAGCGAUACCGAACACGGUGUUGAUGACUAG